AUGGAUACGGAAAACCACACCCGUGAUCGUGCCGGCAUGGCUUCUUUUCCCGACGUGAUGAACGACCCAGCCUUCGAUGAGAGGGAAAAGGGCUUUGAGGAGCUUGAUACCUGUCGAAUAUGCCACGGUGAGGCCUCGGAGGAAGAACCGCUCUUCUAUCCCUGCAAGUGCAGCGGCAGCAUCAAGUUCGUCCACCAGAUGUGCCUAGUGGAGUGGCUAUCGCACUCACAGAAGAAACACUGUGAGCUGUGCAAAACACCUUUUCGCUUCACCAAACUCUAUGACCCGAACAUGCCCCAAAGCCUCCCUACGCCCCUGUUUCUGAAGCAAGCAUUGAUCCAAAGCUUUCGGACCAUCGUGACAUGGCUGCGAUUUGUUCUGGUGGCAUUCGUCUGGCUGGGAUGGUUACCAUGGUCAAUGCGUGCAAUAUGGAGGGCAUUAUUCUGGCUCGCCGACGGCCGAUGGUCGGCCAGUGACUCUGCGCAGGGCCGCGUUGCGCAAGUUGCCCAGACAGGCGUUGGGGAAUUGGUUCUGAAUGGCACCAUGUCGAGCAAUGGGGUCAACUCAAUGACCUCGACGGUCUCCAAUGCGGCCAUGCCAUCAGCCAGCUCUUUUCCUACCACGCAAUCGUCCUUCUUGAGCUUCCCGGCUGGUGAGCCACUUAUGCUUACCAUGAUAAAAAAAGUCAUUCCAUCCUUAUUCAUCCCUGCUUUCACCUCCCGCGGCAGCGAGGGUGGUAUGGGUUCAACCAACGCGACAUCUAGCUCGGGCAAGCCCCGAUACCCCUCAUGGCUUUCGGAUGUCAAGUUUCUCAACUCGUUAACCCCGUACCCAACCAUCAAUAACAUGAUCAUCGACACCUUGGAAGGACAGCUCAUUACCCUCCUUGUGGUAAUCGCCUUCAUCCUUCUUUUCCUGAUCCGCGAAUGGGUUGUCCAACAGCAACCAAUGGCCAAUAUUGCAGAGGGAGAACGGGAGGCUGCGGUGCAGUUAAUUGCCAAUAACCGCCCUAAUGAAGAUGAAGCUCCGCGACCCGAACUCGGUCCUGCCCGCCCGGAAGAUGGUCUUGACCAUUAUCAAGAGGGUCAGGCCUGGGAUGAGGAUGGCAGGAUUCCUCGCUCUUCCACACAGUCUCCCGCUCCCUCCUGGAGGACUGACUCUGAUGACGGCUUGCCGCACUUUGCGAGACCCCCAGGACAAAUCGAUGAUCAAGCCUAUCGUCCUAUGGAUCUUCCCGAUAUACAUUAUGAUACUUUCUUCGACAACAAUCAUGAUUUGUACCCGAGUCCUCGUGGAGUUGCUUAUCGAGAGGCCGAAGCCAACGGGGACACCGAAGAGAUGUUACGACUUAUUCGAGAAGAGGUUCACGAAGCGGGGGAGAAGCAGGAUCUGCGUGAGGCUGAAUCGGCUGUUGCAAACGAGGACGUAAUACACCCAGCUGGACCCUCUACGGCCGCUCAUGGUAAUGCCGAGGUCACGGAGUCGGUCGGUGCUAUUGAUACCGUGCAAGCAGAAAAUGAGAACCAAGACAGGGACCUACUGGAGCCUCGCGAGCAAUCUGCUACGCAGAACCCGGACAAUGAAUUACCUGGCAUGGAAGGCGCACCACCCGCGGACCGACCGGAGGACGACCAGCCCGCAAGAGGCGUGGCUGAGCGGCUCGUUGAUUGGUUUUGGGGAGAUAUCACACCGGUCGAGCAUGAUGGUGAAGAGCCAGUACCAGAGGACGAUGAGCAUAUUGUCCAGGAUCCGGCAUUGGAAGACCCAUUUGUACCCCUGCAGAACCGAGUGGAAGACGAUGCGGCGGACGCUGGGAUGCAAGCGGCCCCAGGCGAUGCUGGCUUGGAUGCCGGUGAUAUGGACGCUAUCGAAGGCGAUGAUUUUGAAGGGAUCAUGGAUCUCAUUGGCAUGCAGGGCCCUAUUUUUGGGCUUUUUCAAAACGGCGUUUUCUGUGCCCUUUUGAUCGCCUUUACGGUAGCCAUCGGCAUCUGGCUCCCUUAUCUGUGGGGGAAAAUUGCUCUCGUGCUGCUCGCUAACCCUAUUGAACUCAUCAUCGGUGUUCCUAUGACUGCCGUCACUAUCGUUGCGGAUGUUGCUGUCGAUACACUCAUCGGCGUCUUGGGAUAUGUGAUGUAUUCGGUGAGCCUCUUCUGCAAGGUGCUGCUCAGUCCUCUUGGUGCUUUUGUGCCUAUUGUGGACUGGAUUCCUCAGAGCAAAUCAGUCACCAGUGCGUCGCUAUCCCUCAUUGAUGCCAGUACCUUGCGCUUGGCCAAGGUUGUUAAAGCGUUCCUCGCAUUCCACGAGUCCGACAUCCCCAUGUUCUCGGUGCUUUCACACCGAGCAUUGAAGUUACAUCAAGCCCGCCUUAUCACUCUCUUCUCGUGGAUAUUUGCGGCCACGAAAUUCAUUCUACAUGAUUUCCCACUUCGCCUUGUUACCCGUGGUAUCCCGGGCGCACUCUCGUUUGACCUGGAUCUUUCCCAACUGAAGUCCGUCUUGGUACAAGUGCAACAUGAGCUUAGUAGGAUCGCCGAUUCUCCGCUGUUUACAAAAUCCGUGUCCCAAUUUAUCAACGCAAGCGCGACGAAAGCAGCGACAACCCCGUCUGUGAAUUAUGAUCUGGCCGUGUGGGACACCAAAGACCGGGUCAUCGCAAUCUUCAUGGGCUACCUGCUUGCAUCGGCAAUAGGGCUUCUUUAUCUACGAAUCACCGGCUUGCUGGCCGGGGCGAAUCGUGGCCAGAGAAUUGAUGGCCUAGUUGCUGAGGUCCUUCUUCAGGCUGGGGGUGUCAUGAAGGUCAUUCUCAUCAUCGGAAUUGAAAUGAUCGUCUUUCCUCUUUAUUGUGGUACUCUGCUUGAUCUCGCUUUGCUCCCAUUAUUCUCCAAUGCUACAGCGGCAUCGCGACUUGCUUUUACAGGGGCGUCUCCGCUUACGUCGCUCUUCGUGCAUUGGUUUAUUGGCACUUGCUACAUGUUCCACUUUGCUUUAUUUGUUUCCAUGUGCCGAAAGAUUUUGAGAGGGGGCGUUCUCUAUUUCAUUCGUGACCCAGAUGAUCCCACUUUCCAUCCCAUACGUGAUGUUCUCGAGCGCAGUAUCACUACUCAGCUCCGCAAAAUUGGAUUCAGUGCCAUGGUUUACGGAGCCCUGGUUAUCGUCUGCCUAGGUGGUGUUGUUUGGGGCCUCCAUUUCGCCCUUGAUGGUGUCCUGCCAAUCCACUGGUCUGCUAGUGCUCCAAUGCUCGAGUUUCCCGUGGAUCUGCUGUUCUACAAUUUCAUCAUGCCACUGGCAAUUCAGUCCGUCAAACCCUCGGAUGGACUCCACGACCUUUACGAUUGGUGGUUCCACAAGUGUGCACACUUCCUGCGGCUGAGCAAUUUCCUCUUCUCUGAAAGAGUCCUCGAAGAGGAGGGCCGACAUGUCCGACGGACUUGGUGGGGUGUUUUAUCGGGAGCCCAGGGAGACUGGGUUCUGCCAGUCAUGGGUGAAGAUCAUCGGGUUGCUACCGAAAAUGAAAACCAUGACGCCUACUUCCUGCGAGACGGCCGAUACGUGCGUGCCCCUGCUUCCGAUCAAGUUCGAAUUCCCAAAGGCACCCGGGUAUUCCUGGAAGUGACCGAAGGCAACGAACGCAUCGACGGAAAGCCCGACCGGACGGAUGGACUGCAUGGCCGUCACAGCAAUAUGUUCACCAAGGUCUAUAUCCCACCCUUUUUCCGAACUCGCAUUGCGGCCUUCAUUCUCUUGAUCUGGCUGUUUGCUGCGACUACCGGUGUAGGCAUUACUAUUAUUCCCCUGGUUAUUGGUCGGCGCAUUGUCUCGUCUGUCUUUUCCAGCCCGGUGCCGGUAAAUGAUGUCUAUGCCUUCUCCAGUGGCUUAUGUGUGGUGGGCGCGCUGACAUACGUGGUCUGCUAUUGCCGCACCGCAUUACACCUGGCACGGGAGCACCUCGGCACCCAUUUACAAUCUCCCUUACAGGCUGCACAUGCCUGCAUCGGCCUGAUGAUGGAUGCUGCUCGCCUGCUGUACCUUCUCAGUGCUUCCGUAGUGCUUCUCCCUUCCCUCUUUGCGCUGCUUACUGAGCUCUACAUCCUCAUCCCGGUGCAUACCUUCUUCGGCGAUGGGCAGUCACAUGUUGUGCACAUCGUCCAGGACUGGGCUUUGGGGGUACUGUAUGUCCAAAUGGCGAUCAAACUAAUCUUGUGGAACCCCCAUUCCUGGGCCGCCGCCGCCGUCAACGGCAUCUUCCGCGACGGCUGGUUAAAACCAAACGUCGGCCUCGCCACUCGGGCUUUGAUCCUGCCCCUUUCGCUCCUGACCACUGCGGCCGUUGUACUGCCUUUGUCAUUCGGGUUUGUGGUGAGAUGGGCUGUGUUCUUUUCCCGCCCAGAGGUGCAGCCUGAUGUCUAUCGUUAUGCAUAUCCGGCCACACUGUUGCUUGUGUUGGCCGUCUGUACCGUGCAUCUGGUUCUUCGACGAGUGGCAGUCUGGCGCGUCAAUAUCCGUGAUGACGUCUAUCUGAUUGGAGAACGACUACACAACUUUAGUGCGCGGGAUGUCGGUGUGUCGCGGCGAGUGAUCACGGGAUGA